AUGGGGAAAAAGCAAACCGCUAGCGAAACUCUUCGCAAAGCUAAAGAGAAGGGCUCUGCACGAGACACUGGUAUUGUUAAUGGCAAACCAAGUUUCCGGAAACUUCAGCCUGGAACGGAGAAAAACUAUCAGAGACAGCUGGACUUGUGGCAUGAAUUCGUUCGGCAGAACCCUGACGCGUCUCCAUAUGACCUACGCUCACUGCAGGCGUUUGUGAAAGAAAUGGCGUACGCAAUUGACGGCGCAGAAGACAACGAGAAGGGCUGCAAGGAGACCGUGCGUAAGUAUUGGAACUCUUUUACGGCUGCAUGGUGCCGAGCCAAUCCCGAAAGUCCUGAAAUACCUCGCGGCGUUGCCAGAUCUAUCACAAAUUUUAUCAAGGGCCCUCUGGCCGAAGAGAUUGGGUUGACUGGGUCUAAAAGACGACGGAGAUUUGCCACCAAAAAUCACUUGCUCCACUUUGCCAGACAACUUUGGAUGGCGGACUGGUUCGAAUAUAAGUCGCCUACGACGAGAUUGGACGAUUGGCUGUUACUUUUGGCUAAUACGUUUUCCUCCUCCCGAAUUGGCGAGUACAUUGAAUCCAACUGCAGACCAGGGAGCGGCCGCGGCCUCUACUACCGUGAUAUCACUUUUGGUGCGUUUAUCAACGAAUAUGGGAAUCCCGAGUUUGCCGUUCAACUCACGCGUGAUGCCAAAAACAUGGCAGACACGCCUGAGAAAAGGCCGCAACAUGCCUUGUACGAAGGUGAAGUACCUAUGAUUCUCUGCUUUAACCCGAUGCUUCCGUUUCUUGCUCGUCUCCUCGUUCAUGGAGCGUUCAGGGACUAUGAUACGAUUGAGGAGCUCCUUGGCAUCAUGCCACCUGAAGACGAGAUGUUACAAUUGCAUUGGAAGGACGAAUUGCUAGAUACUCCAUUUUUCAAGGCCCGAUCUAGCAAAAACUCCGAAGAGAAGAUCGAAACUGCAGGCGCAUUUAGCAAGAGACAGCGAGCCUGGGGGCUGCGCGCUGGCUACCCCAAACCACCCACUGGCCAUGACUUCAGAGCUGAAGGCCUGUACUGGAUUGACAAGUUCUAUUCUGAGGCGACGCGGAUGGUCCAUGCUGGCCACAUGGAUCCAAAUACUCACCGUCGGCACUACAUGCCCACCAACGGGGCAGAUGGGCAAGAUACAUAUCUGGGCGGCAAGGGGCGAACCAUCGUUGCGGACCUAUUUCGGGGCCUCACAGUGCCUCGAAACCCCAAUCUAUCGCAAUGCCUCCCUGCGGAGAAGCAAUUUGAGUUAGAAAACACACCUGAAUACGCUUCACUAAGUGAAGAGAUCACAACUUUAGAGGGAAAAACAGAUACUGAAUCGGUGAAGCAUCGACAUCGGCUAUACCGCAAACGGCGUAAUUUGACGGAUAAAGAGCUGCGUGAUUGGCAAAAACGACAACCGAACAGGCCAAACGACCCACCGGGCUACCAUCGGGCAAUCUUCAGUCGAGUCAGUUUCCUGAUGCCUGAGAGAGACAGUCUCAGUCAGGAUCUUUUCAAAAUUGACACUCUACGAAGUCCGACCGGUCUUAACACCCUGCACGCGAUGAUCGCGCUGUAUCAGCAGGAAUCCGAAGUCGAGUAUCGGCCUGGGUUGGAACCUGACAAGUGCUGUUGCUCGAAGCGGCAAGGGAGUAAACUCGAGGGGAAUCGACAAGCCUCUUAUGACUGGAAGCAUAUCUACACAUGUUAUAAGAGAAGAUCCGAGAGGGCCUCUGGCUUUGCCGAACUGUGUUUUCUGUGCAAUGAGUGGGUAUUUGGAGAGGAAGCCUGGGAAGGCCAUUGUGAACGGCAUCUAUCCUGGCUACAAGACCUCCCGAUGUUCUGUGACCCUCUCACAUAUGGCGGGGUCCUUGCCACAGCUGGAUACUGUCCAUUUUGUCUGACGGAUAAGGAGUUACCUGCAGCAUCCGUACGCCUGAAGCAGUUCCUCGACCGUCGAAGAUGGCUGGAUCACAUCCAUAAGCACAUCUCUUGCCUCGACGCCGAAAACCCUCUGAAAUGUCCACACCCGCAGCCUUACUGUGCUACACUAUUUGAUUCAGUCAUGCAGUUGCAAUUCCACCUCCAAGACGCUCAUGGCAUCCCUUUCAUUCGAGAGACGGUGAGAUCGAAGAGAAAGAGAGAUGAGAGCGAAGAUAGAAUACCCGUACAGAGAAAGAGAUGGCACCCUGGCCACAAAACGGAAGCUGACUCAGAUGAAGACAUAGUCAAACGGGAAUAUGCCUUUAUCAACAUCACGAUUGAGAAAAUGCACGAUCACGGACCAAGCAGCACCAAAUCAUCUUCCGGCUGUUCUACUCCACUUCACAGUCUAGACAGCAGCGUGACAGGUGAUGAAGUCCCUCGUUAUGACGAGACGCCGUUGUCGUCAGUGUACGACGAAGACUUGAUCGAUCCCGCGAUCCUUCCCGCAGCGAUGGGACGAGAUCUAGAUGAUCUUGAGGUUGUGGGCUUCACCAAGCUUGACGAAGUGGUCUCAGCGAAAAUUUCCGCGGCAACCCUGGCUCCCGGUACGUACUGA